AUGCCACCUUCGACCGAGCCGCCGAGUCGCACAUCGACUCCGCGAGCAUUCACACAGCAAUCCGCCUCUGCUGAGGACAUCCUCAAGUCACAGACCGUAGGUCUUGUCAACCUCUCGGAUUAUCGAAAACGUCGAGCGGAAGUUUUUGAGCAGAAAGAGCGCGAGGCCCAUGACAAGUCACUGGGGAUAUCUCCAUCUGGGAAUUCAAGGACUGCUACUCCGUCACAGGGAGAGCUGACUGAUGGUGCGUCGACACCUGCGAGCGCGUCCUCCGAUGGCCGGCCCAAGAAGAAAAAGAAGACUUUAGCGAAAAGUAAACUGUCAUUUGGAGACGACGAGGAUGAAGCCGAACCAGACUCAUCUAUAGCCACAACCAGCAAGUCGAAAGCAGUAUCCAAGAAGAAUACUGCUGAAGGAACUCCUACACUGCAAGGCCGCAAGAUUAUCGCCAAUCCGAACGCGCCCCCGCCGCCAAAGGCCCAGACAAAAGCGGCAAUUGAGGCCGAAGCUCAAGCACGAGAAUCUCUCCGAAAAGAAUUUCUCGCCCUUCAAGAUGCCAUCAAAGCUACGGAAAUUAUUAUCCCGUUUGUCUUUUAUGAUGGGACGAACAUUCCGGCUGGCCAUGUGAAACUUAAGAAGGGAGACCAUGUUUGGCUGUUUCUCGACCGCUGUCGAAAAGUCGGUGCAGAUCUUGGCGUGGCAGGCGCUCAAGGCAAUGGUCGCGUGAAGCGCGAUAGUCGUCGAGAGUGGGCUCGAGUCGGUGUUGACGAUCUGAUGCUUGUGAGGGGGGAUAUCAUUGUUCCGCAUCACUACGAAUUCUACUAUUUCAUCGCCAACAAAAUCCCUAGUUUUAGUAAUUCCGGCGGUCUGAUGUUUGAUUUUUCGUCCGAGGCGCCGCCCGAGAAGGAACACGAUCCUCUUUCACGAUCAAACAAUGAAGAGCAGCUCGAGGGCGCUGAUGCGGACCCUGUCCUGACCAAAGUUGUGGAUCGCCGCUGGUACGAAAGAAAUAAGCACAUUUUCCCAGCCAGUCUAUGGCGCGAGUACGAGCAGGGAGACGAUUUCUUGGAGAAGAUGAAGUCGACGAGGCGUGAUGCUGAAGGAAAUGUGUUUUUCUUCUGA